AUGGGGUGCAAGCAUUCAUCGGACGGUAAGGAACUGGAUAGAUCGGUGGAUCCAGAGGCACCUCCAAAGAUCGGCUGCGUGGAAGGGGCUGCGGCUGAGUGCCUCGCUGGACGGCUUUUACAAGAUGAGGCAACCUCAGGGGUACAAGCCGACUCUCCGGCCGAUUUUCCUCUUGGACAUGAGCAGGCGACUACGAAACAAGAAUGUUGUGUCCUAUCAUCGCCAAACCCAGCCUAUGUCGAAGCGGAGAUUGGAAUUGGACCAUCAGUCCAAACCGAUCCAAAUCAAGGGAAUGCCGGCGACUCCAGUACCAAACGCUCAGACAGCCAAGAUCCAUCCGAGAAAGAAUGUCACGGAACAAGCCAGACUGAAACCCGCAACAUCAUUGGAGAGGAUCUCGAGUCUGGAAAAUAUGACAUACUGGAAGUGGAAGACCAACAGCAUACACAGGACGCAACAACCACGGGGCUCUACGGGUCACCUCCCACAUCGCCUUCGUAUUGUCAUGGUCGACAGCAAGCACGUUCGGACGCAACAUGUCUUCCUGAUCGGAACAUGCCUUUCAACAUCCAGAUUUUGGAGCACGUCAAGGACUGGGCUGAACUAGGCUCGAGGAUUGAGGAUGGCCAACGACGGAAGGAGGUUCUCGACCGCGCAUUCGAAACCUUGACGAAUGUCUGGUACGAAGCACUGCGCCUUGGGUACGAUCCAGGUCAUUGCGAGCCGAGUUCGAGGGGAACAGCAUCAACCCAGCGGUCCAGAGCACUCGCGACGACGAAAAGAGAACGCGGUCCUGGACGUCCUCCAGGUCCUUCAGGGAAAGCUCGUCAAAAGAGCCCUUCUAAAAUACCUGUCUUUGUGUCUCGGAGUCACAAAGACAGCCAUUACUGGGCAGUAACCGCCGGAGAACUACAAGAAGCCGGCGUUUCUGAAGAACGCAUCUGUCAACGAGCAGCGUCAGGCGAUCUCGAGAAGGGUGAUGCUCUUCUAGAAGCUGUCCGACAGCACUUGGGAACAGACAUAUCCCGAAAUGAUUGGUGGAAGGUCACCGAGGUCACACAUUUCAAUCCCUGGGGUCGAAACCUUUUGCUGUACGCUCUUUACGAGGUGCAGAUGUCACGGCAAAGCAUUGAACAACUCGAACGUCUAUACAGAGGAUUUUCUCAUGCGAGACAAAAGGAGAAUACGCAGAAGCGGAUUGACGAUGAGAAAGAACGACUUGAUUUGUUCAUGGCGCUGGCUCUGGAGGUGAAGGACAGCCAAUCUUCGUCACAGUCACCCACAGUCCCAACGAUGGAGAUUGAGCCUGAGCAGAGGGCCCAUUGUUCUGAAGCCCCUUCUGUCACAGACGAGGACCUUGCAACAGGUGUGGGCUCACCAGACUCGGUCAUCAAGUCGAGUGAAGUGAACCUCAAUGAGGCAGAUCCUGCAGAGGAAGUCACUUUCGUCCAGACUGGUGAGUCCACAGAGAACAGCUUCAUCACGGAUGGGCUACCAGAUGGACCAAUGGACGACCUUGUUGAGUGCAAAGAGAUGCUAGAUCCCUUGAUGGUCCAAGCAAAAGGUUUUCAGCCUUGUCCUCCCUCGGAAAAUGACGACCAGGAAGCUGGUCCUGAAUUCAUGAUAGAGGGUUGUGGCAGUAGCCAAGUCAUUGACGACGACAAUCUUCAAACAAAGAGAACCCUGGAGUUGCUGCUACCCUUGUUGAACGACGAGCAUGAAGUGACAACGAAGGAGAUUGAUGCUGACAUCACAAGAGGGGAAGAUCAUCUUGCAGGAAAGGAUUAUUCAUCAUCUGAGCUUCAAGAGUGCACAAAUCUAGACAUCACUACACACGAAACAGGAACAGGGUCGAUAGAAAUCAAUGCUCUGAAACAUCCACUGCUUUCAGAUGACGACAAGGUUGCUGAAGAUGGAAAGUCCCCAACAAAAAAGCAAAAAACGGAUCAACAUGAGCACAAAGAGACCCUGGCCUCUACGACCUUGAAUGAUCAACGAGACAAGGAAGACGGGAGUAACGAUACCACUUUGGACCAUGACAUGCGUGAAGCUCAUACAGCCGAGAACCGGAAAUCUGUCGACCGGCCUGACAGCAAGAAAGGGCGAUAUAUCAGCAUUUACAUCUUGCCGAAGGUCAACGAACUGCUUGCCAAUUCUGGCUUAGCCCCUGUGAAAUCAACAAACUGGCCAUACCUCCGGGAUGUCCUCAGAGGUGCGGGUGUGCCUCGUGGAAGUCGAAAUGCCCUAACCAGAGAGAUCAACGUGGGUUUCAAGCGCGGAUGGCAACUAACAGAGCAAGAUGCUCCAAUGUCCAUGACUCCUGACGUGCCAGCUGCCGGAAGUUUCACUGUGCAAUCAAUUCAUCAACAAGAGACACUUCCACCCCCAGUGACGGCCGCGGUGGAAACACAGCGUCGUUCGCUCGUUGUCAGGCUUCCAGUCCCAUCGACUUUUGAUCCGGCCGAGCUGUCCUGCGGUACAGUCUUCUCACACAAAGGCUUCAAAUAUCGGUACACUCGUGAUUCUAGUCUGGCGCAGCGAAGGUCUAUGGAUGAGGUGCUCGACACGUAUGUCCGUGACCGUAUCAAUCCUCGGGCCAACUCGAGGACCGAAUGGGAGGUAGAACCUCGGUUUGGGAAGUACGGAGUGCUUGCACAUCCAGCUGAUCCAGCACGGACCGGUAUCAUUCAUGGCUUUUGGGAUCAGAGAAACGGCAGUCAGGUGCCAGGAGCCGAGUGGUUCUAUGAAGGCAAUGGCAAGGUACCAGUCACGAGUCAAGGCGGGAUAUGGGCAGCCCAGGACAACACCCGCGAUCAUGAAGACGUAUCAGACUCAAUCACGAAUGCAAGCCCGGCUGAUGCUGCUCUGGAGAAUCCGCUCGCCAACAAAGCUCCCAAGACCGUCCUUCACAUCAAACGUGACAGUUCCAAAUGGAUGGUUGACAACGGCAGCGUCGCCAAGAAAGGAAGACCAAGAGGCAGACCAAGAGGCAGACCAAAGAACAGAGCAACUGGUGUGGGUUUGUCAUCAGCAUUGUCUCAACCCCUGGCUUCAGCACGAUCCGGUUCGAGCCCCACAAAGAAACCUAAGCGACGGAAGGUGAGAAGAUCUAUUGCCGAUGAUGAUGACGACGACGAGUAUCAUCCUUCUGACUGA